GCAAUUCACCCCCAAAAAUUUCAGUUCCCGCUUCUCCUCUCUCCCUCCCUAUAAAUCAAACCCUCCCAAUCCCACCAAAUCCCACAACUCACAAUCAAAUCCCCUCUCAGUUCCCCCAUACCCACCAAAACCCUAAUUUCCCCAGAUCCCAGAAAUGGCCCGUACCAAGCAGACCGCCCGCAAAUCCACCGGAGGCAAAGCCCCACGCAAGCAACUCGCCACCAAGGCCGCCCGGAAGUCUGCCCCGGCCACCGGAGGAGUGAAGAAGCCUCACCGCUUCAGGCCCGGUACCGUGGCUCUCAGAGAAAUCAGGAAGUACCAGAAGAGCACUGAGCUUCUGAUCCGCAAGCUGCCAUUCCAGAGGCUUGUGAGGGAGAUUGCCCAGGACUUCAAGACCGAUCUGAGGUUCCAGAGCAGCGCUGUGGCUGCGCUUCAGGAGGCUGCCGAGGCGUAUUUGGUUGGCUUGUUUGAGGAUACUAAUCUCUGUGCGAUUCAUGCUAAGAGGGUUACGAUUAUGCCUAAGGAUAUUCAGCUUGCAAGGAGGAUUAGGGGCGAGAGGGCUUAGAAUUAUGACCCGGAUGUGGUUUGAUGCAAUUAAUGGUAGUAAGAUUAGGUGGUAGAUCUAUGCUUUUGUGUUGGAUUUGGAAUCGGUUAUGUAAAGGGAGACCUUGAUUUCAGUUUUUAAUGGUAAUUUUCAAUUUUCUGUGGUGAA